CACUACAUGCUUCAACAUAAAAAAACAAAAAUGCACUCCCGCACCCUCACUCCCUCAUCAGUAUCACACUGUUGCGCACAGUGAAAUACCUAGGAGGGGGCGGUGACAAGAAAACAGAGAUGUUAGCAGCCGCGUCUGUGACCACCAGAUCUUAGCCAUUUUUUUUUCACUGUACAACAACAACAUCUCUCUCUUUUUGCAGCCAUGAAUUCUUCAGGCUACGAAUAUCAACAAGAACAACAACAUGGCUACGACCCAUCUCAAACUCAAACUCCAUCGUAUGAUCAAUCAUCACAACCUUAUUAUCCCUAUAAUUACGCACAAGAUAACCAACCCCAACCCCAAUUCCAACAAGACCCUAACUCGACCCCAAUAGCCCCAGAACAGUCUCAUUCUGCUGAACCCUCGCAAGCCCACGCGCCGGACCCGCUACAGGCUGCGACGGUUCCCGGUUCCAUCAACCCGGCGGCGGUGGCGGUUGUAGCCGGAGCUCUGGCGCAGCUUGUGGGGAACCUUGACGGGGUGCCCAGGGAACUGAUUGGGCCAUCUCAAUACAGAGGUGCAGGUCGCAGGGGCGGUAGAUCAUUUAGAGGCUAUGGUCGUGGCCGAUUCAAUCACCACCGUGGUAGGGGGCGUGGUAGGGGUGGUGAUGGUAGACAGUUCUCAUCUCAUUCUUCUGGAGCCACUAUUGCUAAUGUAGCAGAUGCACCUGCUGCUGAUGGGGCCACUUCAGAGAUGCAACCAUCAUCAGUCUCUGGGCCUUCAUCAUUACAUAAUCCAGCACAAGUUCCAUCUGCACCAUUGCAGGCACCACCAUGUAAGUUAUGGUGUGAAAUUUGUAAGGCUGAGUGCAAUACUCCAGAAAUGAUGGAGCAGCAUAAGAAUGGAAAGCGGCAUAAGAAGAACUUGCUUGUGCAUGAAGAAGUACAGAGACGCAAAGCUCUAAAUGGACAACAGGGUGGAAAUAUUUCUACUUCUCAAUCGAAUUUAACAAUCCAACCUGAGGAAGUUCAAGAAUCAGAGGAAAAAAGAAUACCAGAAGAAAAUAUGGGUUCUGAAGCUACAGCUGAUAAUCACAAUGAUGGAACUGAGCUUCAGAAUAAUGUAGAAGGGGUCUCUGAAGUUCAAACUGAAGAGCCUCAGGAGAAACCUAGAGACAACUCUGCCAUACAGGGUCGUGGGUUCAAGCGUAAGAUGAGAGGAGGCAGAGGAGGUAAAUACAUGAGGAGUGAUGAUGGGUCAAGAAAAUCAGUGGAAACUCCAAAGCCUAAGCAAGUUACAUCUUUGAUAUGUGAGUUGUGCAAUGUUAAAUGUGAUUCCCAGGUCGUCUACAAUAGCCAUUUGGCAGGAAAAAAACACUUGUCAAAUUUCAAGCGUGUCCAUGGCUACCAGCCUUUGAAUGGAGAAGCUGGGAUUCAACCACUUCACCCUCCUAAUAUCAUUGCUCUGUCAAAUGCAAAUAAUUUUCCGGUCCAACAGGGUGUUAGUGUCCCUCUAGGCAUCAAUGAUCCACGAAACCUUCUGGCUCAGCUCCUGAUGAAUGUGUUAUCUAAUGUCCAAGUUCCAGCAACAACACCACUAUCAGGUCCUGUGGCCGCUCAGAUACAAGUACCAGCAUUGAUGGCUGGAUCAAGUCAUGAACCCCUAUCUCAAAAUUUGUCACAGAUACAAGUCUCAGAUUCCUUGGCUCAUUUUGAGAGUGAAAAUCCUAUUGGGGAAACAAAAGAUCAGAUGUCAUCUGUCACAUUCCAACUUGAUGAGACUGCUGGUUCAAGCAAUAAUGGUAAUAUUGAAACUGCUGAUGGAACGGUGGUGAAACUUUCCCAGGAUUGUUCAGUAAUGACACCAGCAGAAAACCCAGUUGCAGCAGAUAAGCAACUACCUUCAUAAUGUGAAGCUCCAACAUUAGACAUUUAGUAAGGCUAAAGAUGUCAUUUUUUUUUCUCUUCCAUGAUUUCAUUUUUCAAUACUUUUUAUGUGAUUUAAAGUUUAAUAUUUUCACACUGUUUGAACUAUAACAUAGGUGGGGGUUCCCACACCUAGCUUUAUAGCACGAUUUUAAAAGUUACCAGGUUAAGUUCAUGUGUACUUAUGCUUGAAACAUGUUGACCUUAAUGCUGUCUGAAUUGCUGUUGAGGAUGUUAGGGUACAUGCCAGAAAGCCAUCGAUGUGCUACAACUCCUUUUGAUGUGAUGAGUAGUAGCUGCAACAUUGUAUCUAUUUAUCAAUGUUCCAAAGUGGCUUAUUAGAGUUGGAUUAAAUGGCAGGAUUGACUUGAACGUAGAGCUAUGUACCCCACUUUAAUUUUUUGUACAGCCAAAAGAAAACAUUCGACAAAAAUUUCUUUGCAGUGUCAUAAUUGUAGAGCAAGGGAAAGGUUACAUACCCUUUUCCGGUGCCAAAAAGUUACAAUACAA